UACAUUGCACAAAAGUUCGCCAAUGCAAUUCUGGCGGAUGCAUCGCCAUAUGUAAUCUCCACAGACGGUCUCCAGGCCUUGAACGCAUUCUUGGAUGAGCUUCUCUUCAUCCUAGUCGACACCGCCAAGGGACUUGAGACCAGUCGAAUCAAAGCUGCAGUCUAUCAAACAUUCCCUACAUCUCUUGGCAAGAAUGCUAUUGUCGAGGCAGAGUUAGAGGCUAAAAGCUAUCUUGACAUGGGGGGUAAAGAUACCAUGAACCAUAUGGGUGCCAGUGGCCAGCCCAGCUGUACCUCCUCCUUAUUCAAUGCGGAUUCAGAUGAGACAAGGGUCGAGCAAGUCUUUGAACAAUUCCGUGCCAAAUGUCAAUACUAUAGUAAGCUCGGUGAGCGAUUGGGCUCACCGGCUGGAAACCCUAAUAAUGCCAUUAAUGUACCAACGUUGAUUGCGAUCUAUGUCACAGCCGUACUGGAACAUGUGGCCGAAUAUGUUCUUCAGAUUGCCUCUACCAUCGCUGAUCGACAGGACCACGCUGAUAUGGUCACUGUUCGGGAAGUCUAUGUUGCAUUACUGGAAGACCGGCAGAUCGAGCAUACAUUCGAGACCAUGAUCCUAAAAACCCAACUUCAGAAACGUUUCCGAAAUUCUCUCAUUAUGCCGGGCACAGGCUCUCGACGUAGGUUUUUUUUUUUUUUUUUUUUUUCUCUCUUUCUCUUUCCCCUCAUCUAA